UCCAGCUGUUAAUAGAAAGAUAUUUCCCUGUGGAGCUGUCCCUCUCCGCCUGGACGCUCUCAUAUAUAGUAGAGAGCAGCAACUAUUGGGCUCUAUAGCCAAGGCCAGACGAUAGUGCAACUGGGCACCUCCCCCCCCCCCCCCCCACCCUGAAACCAGCCCAGAGGGGAGGGGAGGGAACUCAGUGCAGGAUUUCAGAGCACACUCGUCUUGCUGCUCUUUAGCAGCACCAUGGAGGAGGGUAAAGCGGGCAAGAUAAAGCUCACCUUCUGUGUGAUAGCAGUGGGUGUCAUCCUGGCAGUGGUAGCGGUCAGCACUGACCACUGGGCAGGUCUCAGCCCCCAGCUGGAGAGAACCAACAGCACCUGUGAGGAGGCUCACUUCGGCCUGUGGAGACUCUGCACUAAGAGGGUGUUUGUCCGGAGCGUGGACCCGGACGGGAAUGGAUGUGGAGACAGCGACCUCCCAGGAGAAUAUAACUGCACAUAUUUCAAGCAUUUCACAUCAGGAGAAAAUGCAGAAAUUUUCCAAAUUACUACUCAGAAAGAAUAUAGCAUUUCAGCAGCGGCCAUCGCAAUCAUCAGCAUUGGGUUUAUGGUGCUCGGUACAAUCUGUCUGCUGCUCUCCUUCAACAAGAGGAUGGAUUAUUUCCUGAAACCAGCCGGCAUGUUCUUUAUCUUCUCGGGCCUGUGCAUCAUCAUCUCGGUGGAGGUCAUGCGGCAGUCUGUCAAGCGGAUGAUUGACAGCGAGGAGACCAUCUGGAUGCAGUAUCACUAUUCCUGGUCAUUCGCCUGCGCCAGUGCUGCCUUUGUCAUCCUCUUCAUCGGGGGAAUCACUCUCCUGCUCAUCUCUCUGCCACGUAUGCCCCAAAACCCAUGGGAAACGUGCAUGGAUGCACCACCAGAACAUGUGUGAGGUGGGGGUGGGGAAUCAAAUUCACUCACAGGGAUAUGGUGGACAGCUUUAUUUAUGGUGGCUAAACAGGGAGACUCAUCUUCAGGGGUUUCUUAAAACAAAAAAAAUUCACAACUUUAAUUUCAAAAAACUGAAAUCGGAAAUGAAAGUAAAACAUGCUGGAAGAAAAAGAACUGUGGAUGCUGGAAAUCUGAAACAGAACUUGCUGGAGAAACUCAGCAGGUCUGGCAGCAUCUGAAGCAAAGUUAAUCUUCGGGUUGAAAAUGAGCCCUUUGCUGUUCUGCACAAGUCCCCAGUCUGCUCCAAGCACUCUGUUCCUCUUCCUCCACACACCUUAACAUUGCAGCUCAUUCUCUUCCACCUCAGAUUUCCUGCAGUUCCAGUAUUUUCCUGUCAGGAAAAACUGAAAUAUUCAGGCUUUCAUUCGGGGAACUCGAGACAUGGGAAGUGUGUCAAGGCCUGGACAUUAACCUUUCAUUCUCUCCCAGAUGCCUGCUGCGCAUUUUGUGCUUUCUUUAAAUUUCUUUAGUAGAACAACAGGACAUGAAUAAGUCCACUCACCGUUAAUAGUGAGUCAUUGAUGGGGUUAUGACUGGGAACUGCGUUGAUGAUAGCUUUGCUCUCUCACAGUCAGCGUCCUGGUAACACUGUAUCAUCGACACUCUUCUCAGCACUCAGCGUCGUGAGGAUGUGUUUCUCAACAACGAUUAUUAGAUUCACCUCUUGUGGGAAAUGGGGCCACGUUAGCAGACCUCACUGUUGUGAAUUACUGUACGUGUUCUCGGAACGGCAGGUUAAACAUAAACACCUUAAAUACACAGCCAUAAAAAUAAAAAGAAGGAACUGGGGAUGCUGCAAAUCUGAAAAGUAAACAGAAAUUGCCGGAAAAGCUCAGCAGGU